AUGCCGUUGAAUUCCUUAUUGGAGGUGGAGAUAUUUGAUGAUUGGGGUAUUGAUUUUAUGGGGCCAUUUCCGUCUUCAUUUUCAAAUCAAUACAUAUUGGUGGUUGUAGACUACGUGUCAAAGUGGGUAGAAGCGGUAGCUUUACCUACUAAAGAUGCUCCGGUGGUAGUAUAUUUUCUGAAGAAAAAUAUUUUCUCACGCUAUGGCACUCCCCGAGCCAUCAUUAGUGAUGAUGGUAAACAUUUCUGUAAUCGCCUCUUCGACUCACUUUUGACCAAAUAUGGAGUGAAUCAUCGAGUGGCCAUUCCCUAUCAUCCCCAAACAAGUGGCCAAGUUGAAAUAUCUAAUCGAGAGUUAAAGAGAAUUCUCGAGUUGACGGUCAAUGCAUUAAGAAAAGAUUGGUCCAAGAAGUUGGACGAUGCAUUGUGGGCAUAUCGGACUGCUUUUAAAACGCGAUUGCACAUUGUGAGGCGGGAGUUUUUUGUCGGGCAACAAGUUCUUCUGUACAAUUCUCGACUCCAGUUAUUCCCUGGAAAACUCCGCUCCAGAUGGUCGGGUCCUUUCACCAUCGUAAAAAAAUUUCCACAUGGAGCGGUUGACCUUCUUGAUGAAGGAAAGGCGAAUUUCAAAGAAAUUUUUGAUAUCCCAGCCAUUUCUGGAUCUCCCAGGUUCUGGACCAAUUCAUGUGCAAAGAAGUCUUUGAUCCAAGUGACUCACGUUCAUCAUAAGUCCAGCAAAUGCAUUGGUUCCACUUUACGAAUGGCUAUUCAGGGAAGUUUCGUGAGCCUUGCUGACUUUGAAAUGCGUGACAUUGAAAUUGUUAUUGAUUCAUAA